GACCUGGCAACAGACGACACGAACAUCCUUGUUGCGCCAGGCCAGGAACGCCACACCCUUACUCAGGACACAGACGGCAGACAGCAGACGGCACCUGACGAGACCACAGCACGUCGUUCAAUCGUUCAACAACCCACUUCCAAGUCCCAGGCCUGCGGUUACUGCUAUCGUCGCGAAUUGUCUCCCUCAACGCUCCCUACAUUUGCCCACGCAAGAAGGGCCGGAACCACAUAAGAACCCACUCAAUAAGACAUUUUAUUUCCCCUUUCGCAAAACGUCGUCAACCGUCUCGUUAUCAUGGCGCUUCGUCGUUACAAGGCGCCUGUCCAGUACGGCGCCCAGCAGACGGCCUUUGAGCUUUUCCUCCAAGACUUCAAGGCUUUGUCCGAGCAGACUAUAUCCACCGCCCUCGGUAACAUCACAAUAGACGAGGGCGACCUUGACGAUGAUGAGGACGAAGACGAAUUCAUGAAUGACGACAGUGGUGCGCGACGAACCCGGAGCCAGAAGCAAGCUCGCCGUGUGCCCCAGCCCAAGUAUCGGCGGCUCUUACAAGACUUGGCCGAUCGUAAGACUGGCGAGAUAGUGAUCGACUUGGACGACCUCGAGACUUGGGAAAGACAACAUGAGGCCGACACCGGUGAACAGUUGAAGCUGGUCCGGUCCAUCGAGACGAACACCAAGCGCUAUGUCGAGAUUUUUUCAAGAGCCGUCGAUAAUCAGAUGCCCAAGCCGAGUAACGACAUUACUUUCAAAGACGACGUCCUCGACGUCUUGAUGGCGAGAAGACAAGACCGGAACAGGGAACUAGAAAACGCCGCCUCUCAAGAAGGAGAUCCCACCAUCAGCGAUGACAAGUUCCCCGCCGAGCUCACCCGCCGCUAUACCCUGAUCUUCAAGCCGAGAUCCACCACUCUCGAGCACCCCCAGAAACCCAUGGCCGUGCGCGAGGUCCGCGCCGAGCAUGUCGGCCACAUGAUCACCAUCCGUGGCAUCGCCACCCGAGUCUCCGACGUCAAGCCCCUCGUCCAAGUGAGCGCAUACACGUGCGACCGCUGCGGUUGUGAGAUCUUCCAGCCCGUGACCGACAAGCAAUUCGGCCCCUUGUCCGUAUGUCCGUCCAGCGAUUGCAAGGCGAACCAGACCAAGGGCCAGCUGCACCCCUCGUCCCGCGCCUCCAAGUUCCUCCCCUUCCAGGAGGUCAAGGUCCAGGAGCUGGCCGAGCAGGUCCCCAUCGGCCAGAUCCCCCGAACCCUUACCGUGCACUGCUACGGCACGACCGUACGCACCAUCCACACCGGUGAUGUCGUCGACAUCGCCGGCAUCUUCCUGCCGACCCCUUACACCGGCUUCCAGGCCAUGCGUGCUGGCCUCCUGACCGAUACCUACCUCGAGGCCCACCACAUCUCCCAGCACAAGUUGGCCUACUCGGAAAUGGCCAUCGAUCCGAAGCUCAUCCGACGCAUCGAAAAGUACCGCCAGUCGGGCCAAGUCUACGAGCUGCUGGCCAAGUCCAUCGCCCCCGAGAUUUACGGCCACCUCGACGUGAAGAAAGCCCUGCUCCUGCUUCUCAUCGGCGGCGUGACCAAGGAGGUGGGCGACGGCAUGAAGAUCCGUGGCGACAUCAACAUUUGCCUCAUGGGUGAUCCCGGUGUCGCCAAGUCCCAGCUGCUGAAAUACAUCUCCAAGGUGGCCCCCCGGGGCGUCUACACCACGGGCCGUGGCAGCAGCGGCGUCGGUCUGACCGCCGCCGUCAUGCGCGACCCCGUCACCGACGAGAUGGUGCUCGAAGGCGGCGCCCUCGUCCUGGCCGACAACGGCGUCUGCUGCAUCGACGAGUUCGACAAGAUGGACGACAACGACCGCACCGCCAUCCACGAAGUCAUGGAGCAGCAGACCAUCUCCAUCUCCAAGGCCGGCAUCUCCACCACCCUCAACGCCCGCACCUCCAUCCUGGCCGCCGCUAACCCGGUCUACGGCCGCUACAACCCGCGCAUCUCGCCCGUCGAGAACAUCAACCUGCCCGCCGCCCUCCUCUCCCGCUUCGACAUCCUCUUCCUCCUCCUCGACACCCCGAACCGCGAAACCGACGCCCAGCUCGCCGACCACGUCGCCUACGUCCACAUGCACUCCCGCCACCCGCCCGUCAACAACGAGGACGACGUCAUCUUCACCCCGCACGAGAUCCGCUCCUACAUCGCCCAGGCCCGCACCUACCGCCCCACCCUGUCCGCCACCGUGUCCGACUACAUGGCCAAGACCUAUGUGCGCAUGCGCGCCGCCCAGCAGCGCGCCGAGAAGAAGGGCCAGCAGUUCGCCCACGUCACGCCCCGCUCGCUCCUGGGCGUCAUCCGCCUCGCCCAGGCCCUCGCCCGCCUGCGCUUCAGCAACGUCGUCGAGCAGGACGACCUCGACGAGGCCCUCCGCCUGCUCGAGGCCUCCAAGGAGAGCCUGGCCACCGACCAGGGCGCCGGCCGCGGCCGCCUCAAUGCCAGCAGCCGCAUCUAUAACCUCGUCAAGGCCCUCGCCGACAGCGGUGCCUGCCGCCCCGACGAUGUGGACGACGACGACGAGGAUGAGUUUGGUGUCGAGCUGAACCUGCGGAAGGUCAAGGAGCGCGUCAUUGCCAAGGGCUUCACGGAGGAUCAGUGGUUGGCUGCUUUGGAGGAGUAUACUGAGCUUGACAUCUGGCAAACGGCGGGCAACAUGACGAGACUUGUCUUCAUCAAUGCCUCGGGCAACGACGCAGAAAGGGACAACAGCAUGGAGCUGUAACUUUGACCAAGUGUAGACCGUUGCCGCAUCUUCCUGUUUCGUUUCGAGCUGGCGAUCAUAUAUCACGUCUUUUUUCUUCUUCUUCUUUCUUUUCGUCUUUUCUUUCAUUAUGCUGUGUUCGAGACUUGGCCUCUCGCAAUGCUUGGUAUGGCGUUGGGCUAUGUGAGAAUUAUGGAGGAGGCGACAGGGAACGAAGAGAAG